AUGGAACAAAAGAAAUACCGCACAGCGCAUCUUUUUCCUAACAUCGAAAGUAACUAUUUCGACGAUUUGUGGAAAAAAUUCAAAAAGUUUGAAACCAAAAUUGCGCGUGCACAAGCACAACGUUUUCGACAUCGACAACAUCGAAGUGAUUCAAGAUUGGAAGUCCCGCCACUGCUGCAGUCACGAAGCAGAUCGCAGUCACCGGAACCCGAGUCGCCCGGCUCGUUGCGCUCCAGCUCCGUCUCGUUGUCCUCGUCCGCGUCCUCGAGCUGCUUGCAGCGAGGUCGCGAGACGCCACCGACGACGUCGAGUUUGGCCGGCUUACCGCCGUCCCUUACACCGUCACAGGAGCCGUCAAGAUACGAAGGUGAACAUAACCGAGAGUGUAACGUUACGAGUAACACACGGCCACCUCCCGCGCCGCCGGGAUCGGAGCCACAACAACCACUUGUAGCUGAAUUAGACGACGAACUGCUGCAGGUGUUGGGUAAAGAUCCAUCAAAAGCUAAUACUCCAGGUAAAGAUAUACAGUGUAAUCUGGCAGUACGCUUACAACACAUAGCUACAUCUGGGCUCUCUAAAGAAACAAGAAAGGAACUUUUAUCUAAGUCGCGUCCAGCGCCGCCACCGCUCCCUCCUCCGCCGCCCCCGCCGCCCCCGCCGACAGCACCGCGCGUGCCACCGCGCGCUCACCGCUAA